GGACGAAUGGUUGGAUCCGGUGGAACGCUCUGUUCUGCCCUUUUUGGGGCGCUGUGAAACGUCAUCUCAGCUUGUUUGUGCCAAGACUUCAGAGCGAGAAGCGGCAGCCGGGCCUUGGCUCCCGAAAACUGCCUUAGCCUGUCACCCCUGUUUCUUUCUCCGUCCGCCUUGAACCAGGACCAUGUCCACUCCGGCCAGGAGAAGGCUCAUGAGGGACUUCAAGAGAUUACAGGAAGAUCCUCCUGUUGGCGUCAGUGGUGCACCAUCUGAAAAUAAUAUUAUGGUCUGGAAUGCAGUAAUUUUUGGACCUGAAGGGACACCAUUCGAGGAUGGUACAUUUAAACUCAUUAUAGAGUUUUCAGAAGAAUAUCCAAACAAACCUCCAACAGUUAGAUUUGUGUCAAAAAUGUUUCAUCCAAAUGUUUAUGCUGAUGGCAGCAUAUGUUUAGAUAUCCUUCAGAACCGCUGGAGUCCAACUUACGAUGUUUCGUCUAUUUUGACAUCCAUUCAGUCUCUUCUUGAUGAACCAAAUCCUAAUAGCCCUGCGAACAGUCAAGCCGCACAACUUUAUCAGGAAAACAAACGCGAGUAUGAAAAAAGAGUGUCUGCUAUUGUUGAGCAAAGCUGGAACGAUUCCUAAUAUUCCGUUCAUCACCUUUUUCAUGUACAAUAUAAUUUUAUAAGAGACAGAAAUGGAGGUACUACAAAUGCCACAAGAUUAAAAGUUUUAAAUAUGUUGAUGGCAGACACUGAAUUCUGCAAGUUUCCUCCAUUGUUGCUCAUGUUUGGAAACUGAAAAAGCUUGUGUAUCUCUAGUGUAUUUUUUACUGCAUGUUUUGUGCAUGGUUUAAAAAUUAAGUUAUUGCUACAUUUGUAAUAUAUCCGGUUUGUAUUUUUUCUUUUUCUUGAUGUAUAACAUUGGCAUGGAGUUUCCAUGGAAAUACAAGUUUUGUAAAUCUAUCUUUUUCUCCCCAAAAAAUUAAUGCUUCAGUUUUGUGACCUUUUUUUCCUUUUCUUUUUUUUAAUAGCAGAAGAGCACUUUUUUAUUAUUAAUAACUUACAAUAGAGUUCAGAUGUGUAUAUAUAAUAAUUUGUGUCUGGAUAUCUUUCUUAAUAGUUUUGUGUUAAAGAACUUUAGUUGGAAGAAAAAUGCUAGCAAGAAAGCUUUUAUUUGAGAGCCUGUAUAUUUGUUAUGCAAUAAAAGCUUCCUGUUGGCAUGUCUCUUGAGGCUGGGUUCACACCUAUGCGAAUGUGAAUUGGAUGCGGUUUUCUUCGCAUCCAAUUCGCAUAGCAGGAGAAUGUGACUGGCUCUCUAUGUAGUGGGUUCACAUAUCUCUGCAGCAGGUCCGGUGCGAUUUGCUGAAAAAACGGGUGCCUUUUUUGGUCGGGUUUAGGUCCGAAUUUAGCCCAAAAUUUGGGCUGAAAUUGGACUUGAAACGGUGAACCGGCAUGCACCGGACCCCUGCUGUGCUAUGGAACCAGUGUGAAUCCAGCCAGAAAGUUUGUACACUAAACUCUGUGUGCAAUCAUGCAUUUAUUUCAGGAUAAAUGUCUAUCUGCAUGCACAGAAGUUGCAUCAUCUCUGGCUGGCCCAUCAAGAUUUCUGAAAAUGCCAAAGUCACAAGAUCACUGGACAAAGAUGUUGGCAGUGGCAAGGGAGCUUACAGAUGUUGCAUCUCCAGAGGAAAAGCAUGUAGUGUGGACUGUGUUGUGCUUUAAGGCCAUACAAGUUUUAAAUGAUGUAUGCCCUUUCUUUAGGUGUAACGUCCUCUUUUUCAUAUAUAUAGAUAUAUACAUCCAUAUAGAUAUAUUUAUUUUUACAAAUUUUAUCUGCAUGGGUGCAUGACAUUCUUGACUACACGUGAAAGUGCUUAGGCCUGGCGAUUGGCCACUCAGGCUUGCACACUGUUAUCUCCCCCAUACCUGGAAGCCCUGUUUCAGUGGCGAGGGAACACAGAUGGUGAGUUUAGUUUACCUUUUAGGAUGUGUUAAAGUAGGCACUGUCACCUAGAUUAUUUUACAUAUUAGGGUAAUUAUCUAAUUUUGCAGACUGCAGGUGAAAGUGUGCAUACAAAUGCUGGACCUAAUUCUGAAAGGUAUAUUUAAGCAGGCCAAGUAUCGUUUUUUGUUUUUUAUUUCCAUAAACCUAUUGCAUUCAUUAAUCUGCACUGUGAAAACAAGCUGCUGGCAUACAGUUUGAUAUACC